AUGAGCGAGGGAUUUGGUGUUGUGUGCGCAUGUAUCUCAUUUAUUUCACUUUUCAUUUACUCUCACUUUACUUUACUUUACUCUCACUUUACUUUUUCUCUCACUUUACUUUACUUUACUCUCAUUUCUCUCCUCUCCUACACAUCAACGGCACUUCCUUUCUCCCGGCUGCACGUUUUUUCCUUUUUGACUGUUUCACUAGUCGCUCUCUUUUAUUCUCUAUUUUUUUUUUUGCUUCACUGUUUACACUUUCACACACAUCUAUAUUAUUUCUAUCCUGCAUUUAUUCAUUGA